AUGGCAGAUCCUAUCUCUAUCAUCAGUGCUGUCGCCAUAGGACUGCAUGCUGUCAACAAGCUGUAUGAUCUGGUCUGUGGAAUUCGAGACUCUCCACGAGAGAUUCAAGAUCUGACUGCCGACUCCAAAUCUCUUUGUGAUAUUUUGGACGCCCUCAAGCGGUUCCUUGAUGAGAACAAGGAUUCCGGGCUUCCAUCGGAGAUUAUUCAGAGCCUCCAUAUCCCUCUAGAUAAUACCCGCCGUGUGGCAGAACAACUGGUCAGCAAAAUCACACCUUUCGUGAGCGAAAAGGGCGAAUUUAAGAAAUCAAAAUGGGGUGGGAUGAAAUGGUCCUAUUAUCAGAAGGAUGUAAAACAACUGGGAGCACAACUGAGCAAUGGCAAGUCAACACUGAACAUGACCCUGGCAGUUAUCAAUGUAGUCAGGACCUCACAUAUCAAAAACGACACGACUGAAAUCAUCCAUUACUUGAAAAAACUCAAAUUGGAUUCAAAGUCUGGGAAAGGAGACGUUGGGGAUUAUGUGGCAGAGGAUCAAGCCGACGUUCAAGGACCAGACCCGCGGAUGAAGGAUAUCAAUUUUGCCUUGACAAGGUUUCUCGAAACCGCAUCUACUAUUGCUGGGUCUCCAUCCCAGUCGCCCUGGGCUUCACCAACGAACGUUGCACAAGCUUCAUCCUUCAAUGCGGAUCUUGAUGAUGAUGCCGGCUCAGACCUUGCCCGUGCACCAACCUUGACCAGAGAAGAUAGCGAAUCAGAAAUUCGGUACAUACUUGCAAAAGAGCACGCCCACAAUUUUUUCAACGAGGAUGGACAAACCGCUCUCCACCUUGCAGCUAUGCAGGACGAGUACUUGACACGAAAUGUUCUUGGGCAUGGUUUUGACGUCAACGUCUGCAACCUCGACGGCGAGACCCCACUCAUGUGUGCAGUCAAUGUCGAGAAUCUAGAGACUGUGACCUUGUUGCUGAAGAGUCAUGCUGACGUCAAUGCAGCUGACAACAAGCAGCAGACGUGCCUCCAUCUAGCGGCUUCGAAGAACAAGUCUGACUCAAUAACACAGUUACUUCUGAGACGAAAUGCAGAUACAGAGUUGGUGGAUGAAACUGGACUCACACCGCUGCUUGUCGCAGCAUUCAACGGCAACGAUGUGGUAACCCGCCAAUUGCUCAAACACGGUGCGAAACACCAAGCGAUCGAGCCAGGCGGCUUCACCGCCCUACAUUAUGCUGCCAUGCAAGCAAAUCAUGCUUUCAUGAGUCGCCUCCUUGACCCGAAGGGGCCCGAUUUCGAGGCUUUCUAUGAGCCCUCUAUCUACAGCCUUCCUACGAACCCGUCUCGUGAUACUAUCUUCAAGCGGCGCGUCUUAAUUGUCCGCAUGCUUCUCGAACACGGCGCAGACAUCCAUGCCUGUAUAAAAGGCUUCACACCACUGCAAAUUGCAGCAGUAACCGCUCAAGAAAUGAUCGUAAACAUCUUGCUGGAAAAAGGAGCUAGCGCGCAAGGGGUCACCGUCAUCUGUGGUUACUGGGGUCUCAGCCCCGAAACAGUGAAGCUCCUCCUUGAAAGAGGCGCAGAUCUCAAAGCUACCGACAUGCGGUGGAACAAACCUGCCUUGACUUGGCACGCUGAAGUCGGCUCUCCUGCCACCCUUGAAGUUCUCCUCCAGCACGGUGCCAGCGUACACCACCAAGACGUCCAAGGUUCCUCAGCCUUGCACUAUGCGAGCGCUAAUGCCCGCACCGAAUCCGUUAAGCUCCUCCUGGAAGCGGGCGCCGAUCCCAACGUACAAGAUCUUGAAGGUAAGACGCCACUCACCCGGCUGAUGUCACCGCCCACAGGCCGCUUCUACCUCGCAGGACGUUGGUGGAACCCCACUCCUACCGAUCGCAAGGAGACGGCGAUCCUUCUUUUCGACGCUGGCUGUGACACUUCUGUGAAAGAUGUGUAUGGAAGGGAAGCCAUACACUAUGCGGCGAGCAAUGGCUACUUGGGUGCUAUAGAAGUGAUUGUGGACAGAGGAGGGGACUUCGACGUCGUGGAUGAGAAGGGUAGCACGCCGCUGGAGCGCGCUCAGGAGAGAGGACAUGUAGAUGUGGUGAGAUUCCUGAAAAGGAAGAAAUUCAUGAAGGAAGAGGAAAAGGAGCAAGGUAAGUGA